AUGAAUAGCUUUUUCGUCCCCGAGCCGAACUCCACUGCUCGACAACAAGACCUGCAGACCGCUGAGCUUGAAAAGCGUGGCAACUGCAAGAAUUACACGCUACAAAUGCUAGCUGACUGCGCUCGUCGAGAUCUGCCUCUCCGCGUAAGCGUGUCUUCAGCCACUAAGAAAGAGGACUUCGUAGUGUACAACUGCACAAUCUCGAGUGUGACCACGAAAAAUUCGUGGGGCGUUUCCUACCGCUAUUCAGAAUUUCUAACCUUCCGUAACAAGGUGGCCGACCUAUGGACGUGCGCGGAGAAGGACUGUUGUGGCUCGUGCCAAGCUAUUCGUGAUGCCAUGGCGGCUUUCUUUCCAAAGAAACGUCCAGAAAUUAUGUCAAAAUGGUCCGGAGCGGUCAACCACCGCAAAACAAAGCUAGAGAAUGUGUUGGUGUAUUUGCUUCGAUGCAUUCUUCUUCCCGGCAGUGCUAUGAAGUGCUUUCAUGCGCGACAGAAACUACCGUCCAAUGUCUUGGAGUUCCUCGUCGUCAAGCACGAUGCGGAUAAGCGCUCACUUCUGCAAGUUUUUGUGGACAACCAUCAGCCCGGCAUAAAAAAAUCGGCGACCACCACGGACCUAUCAAUAUUGAAGCGCAAGAGCACCUUGAAGAAAUCUUCAACCACGUCGAAUUUGUCGUCACUAGAUUCAAGUACUUCUUCAGAAGAUGUAACAGAUGAAGAUCAUUGCAUGAUCUGUCUGGAUCUUGUGGGAUCGACCACUUUUAAUGCAGUUGGUACCAGCUGCAGUGACAGCUCUCCGAUCGUUCUCCAGUGCAAGCAUACCUUUCAUCGCAAGUGCAUCUUUGAGUGGUUAUUGUUCCAGUACGAGUGCCCAUUGUGUAGAGCUCAGGUAGGGCCUCCUGCUAUCAUUAACUAUUGUCGCCUGAAGAAUCAAGUGCAAUGGUGGCUUGGCGACUUUAACGAGGACCCACUGACUUCAGCAGCCAAGUAA